GAUCAUUAUGAUGAAUCUCUUUAUUUAAAAUUAUUUUGGUACACUGAUUAUGAAACUAAUAGCAGAAACCAUAAGUUUAUCGAUGCAGUUCAUCUCAUUCGCAGAUAUAAACUAAAUCUCUCGUGAUUAUUUGUUUGUUUAAACUGGCAACAACACAAUUUUGUAACUUUUAUUUAAAUUUUUUUCGUCAUUCUAAGUUCCGCUGUAACAAAAAUUUUCAAAGAACGCAAAAAGUAUUAUUUUCUUUGCCGAAACUCAAGUUCUAGAAAUGGCAUCUUUACUUUCAAUUUUCGUGACAUUGUUAAGCAUCGUACUUUCAACAGUUAGAUCGCAAGAAAACGUAGAAUAUACGACGAUCGUGGAAACGACAGUAGCGGAAAAUUCAACAAAGGAGGCUAUGCUAAAAAUUGAGAAGUUCGAGAAAUCUGAGUCAUCAAUUUCGCCAGUAAGUGAAUCCCAAGAGAAAGUGCAAAAUUCGCACGAGCAUCAUGAUAACACGUCAAGAGCUCUAAGCGAAGCUUUUUCACGAGCAGUAAUGGAAAAUGCCACGCAAGCGCAUAUGGAAAAUCCUACACGAGCAGUAAUGGUAGAAUCGAAUUCAAAAACAGCAUCUAUUAGAAAGUUCGAGAGAUCUCAUGAUGAACACGAGACAGAAGUGGAUGAAGUACAACAUACAACUGAAGUACACCAUACAACUGAAAUGCAUGACGUACAACAUACUACUGAUAUACAUGAAGUACAACAUACGACUGAGACCGGAACGGAAAAUUGUACAUUGGCAACACCACCAAUUGGCAGAUUUGAGAGCGAGGGUGCUAACACUGCAAUCAUGAAUGUACCACUUGAGAGUUUCGCUUGUGUUACGUUGAUGUGGUUUGGAUGGUAUAUGUAUCUGCACUAAGACAGAUCUCUCUUUUAACUAUUACCGGGUUGUUAAAUGGUAAAUGAACCACUUUAAGAAACGGAAAAGGAUGAUUCAUUGUAUUUUAAGUCAUAAAAUUUUUAACAGAAUUUUAUUUUCAAAAUUUUGAGUUAUUCUAGUUUGUAUUUAUUUGGCAAAAUGAAAAAUUAAAGUA